GAAGGGUUUGCUUUCUGCUUCCGCAUCAUUCUUCUUGUCCCAACCCACCACUAGAAAAGGAAGCAGGAGAAACGCCAAGCAGCUCCUCCAUCUCUGCUAUUCGCCGCUGCUGCGGGCAUUAUCGUCAGUUUUUCUUUCCACUAAGUGUCUCCCUUUAUUAUUAUUUUUUAUUUCCAGUGCUGCGCUAUCCCCAACCAAACACAUAUCUACUCUCCUCUUUCCCUUUUUGUAAAUACACACAUAUUAAGGAUAUCUGGUAAAGAAUGACGUUAACUCAAUCCCUUCUUCUGUCCACCGCCCGUGGCAAGGAGCUCAACGCCCAGUCACUUGCCUCCUAUUUAGUCAAAUCCAUCCUUGUACCGAACGCUUCGCGAGCCGGCGGUAACGCAUCGGAGGCGCCGUACGUGUGCGCCAACAAAGCGUUCGUCUGCGGCAACGGCGGUAGCGUGGACGUGUACUUGAACAUCCACAACCACCACCGCAGCACCUUCCUGGAGCAGAGCGUGCACCUCUACAGCGCGGUGCUGGUGCUGUGCCCGCAGCUCUCCAUCAGCAUUAUCCCCGUGAUGAACCCACCAGAAGGGGGCAGCGGCGCAGAAAGCGCUGCAACGCAGAAAGCGGUGACGGCGGCGGCAGCGGAGGCCUCGUCGAACGGCAGCGAUCCGCUCGAAGUUUUCGCAGAUGCGGAGGCGUUGCUGCAACAGUGGAAGUUGGUGGACAGCGCGGCUAUCCGGCGCUGUGGGGAGGGCUUCACGCCAAGUUACGGCUACGUUGCUGUGGGCGGCACCUUCGACCACUUCCACUCCGGCCACAAAGUUCUCCUCUCCACCGCCGCUCUCCAUACGUUGAGGAAGCUGCGCGUUGGCGUUACGGACGCCGCCCUGCUAACGCGCAAGAAGUUUGCCGAGUCGCUGCAGCCCAUGGAGUGUCGCAUGAACUACGUGGCACAGUUUCUGAAGAAGGUGCGGCCGGACCUUGACGUGGAAUUGACGGUGAUUUCCGAAAUGAGUGGUGGGACGGACAAAAUCGGCGGCAUUGAGGCGCUCGUGGUGUCGCCCGAGACGGCGAGUGCGCUGCCGGUGAUUAACGCGAUGCGUGCCGCCAACGGUGGUCUGCCGCCGAUGAAAGCGAUUUCCAUUCCGCAGGUGCAAUCGCCGGAGGGGGAGGUAAUCAGCUCUACGGUGCUGCGCUCCCACCUGACGAAGGCGGAGAAGAAGGAGUAA